CGGAAGUACUUCGAUUAGGUUUAAGACCGGUCGGCAUGGCUCUGCCAACGCAACAAAUUAAAUUAUGUCCAUUUACAAUACCAAUUACGCUGCUGUAAUAUUUCCGUUGUUUGGUCGUGUAGAUUUAAUUGAAAAACCUUUCUUGAUACUGUUAAUGGUAGUAUUUGUCUUUCGGAGGUAUCUUUGAUUCCUGUAUCGUUUUCUGUAGGAGCUCUGGGUGACACGGAGACGUGUGAGGAUUAUCAAAAGCCGUCAAAAUUAAAUUUUGUCGUCACAUUUUUAUUUUGUCGAACAUGACCCAAACCAAAGAGGCAGAAACGGAACCUCGAUUGCUCGCUUUCGCCCGAGUAGCUUCCGCAGUGCUGACACACUUUGUUGUCGUCAUCCUCACGGUCUUUGUCGCUGUCCUGGCACGACCUGGUACAAGUUGGUUUUCCUGGCAUCCUUUCCUCAUGACACUAGCAUUCUCCUUCUUCAUGACAGAAGCCGUCCUCCUCUUCUCACCCCAUGGAUCCCUCAUGAAGAAGUUUUCUCACAAGGUGAAAGGUCGGGUGCACUGGAUGCUUCAGUGCGCCUGCGUGACGUGCGCUACGCUCGGCCUGGCAACUAUCUUUUACAACAAACACCUGCACGGCAAGUCUCACUUCACUAGCUGGCAUGGCCUACUGGGCGUGAUCACGGUGUGCGCGGCAGCAGUCCAGUCGCUGGCCGCCCUGCCCCUCAUCUACCACUCUCUGGUCAAAGGCUGGUCACUUGCAAAGAUCAAGAGGUACCACGCGACGGCAGGACUGGUCACCUACCUGCUUGGCAGCGUCAGCCUGCUCCUCGGCUUGACUUCUGGGUGGUUCACCAAAUCGGUCGGUGAUGCUGCUUGGUACCUGGCGGCACUCUGUCCUGUUCUUUGUGCCCUCGUCAUCAUGAAUCAAGUCACCAGUGCUUACGUGGCAAAGAAACGUUUCCAGUCCUGAGUAACAGAGUUCAAAUACAAAGCUUUGUUGAUGUGCUUUGUUGAUUUUUCAAAUACCUGUAGUUUACUUGGUAUUUAUUUUUCCUGAUGACUUUAUACAUUUACUCCCUACAUUUGAACAAAAUUUCUUUCAAAUUUAUUUUAUUUUUUUUAAAAAUGUUCACGGUGUACUUGACUUCUUAAAGAAUUGUGUUUUUUUUGUACAUUUCUAUGUACUUUCAAGUACAGCAAGAGUUGUUAAACCACGUGGGACAAAUGAAGGCUGCAGUAUAAAUUAAAAAUGUUAAUGCCGGCGUUAUGUUUGGCACACCAAGAUCUUAAAUUUCUGACAAUUCUCAUGAAUACAUUUUUAUUCCACAAGGACCUUAUUUGAAUUUUUGAGUGGUUCUUCAUUAUGGUAUUACGGACCAAGAACUGAACAAGCGUGGGCAAAAAUUACGUUUUUCAGAUGCCAUUCUGUCAUUUAAUUAAAAAGAAAACACUGUUUAUUCGCACAA